CCGAGCGUGACGGGGAGGGCGGGAGCGAGCGGAGCCCGCAGCGAGCACCGACCGGGCCGCCGCCGCCUCCGCCUGCGCAGCGCCCGCACCGAGCCCGGAGCGCCAUGGCGGCCGCGGCCGCCGAGCCCAGCACCGGCCGCUACCAGCAGCUGCAGAAUGAAGAGGAGCCGGGUGAGACUGCACCGGUGGUGAGCGAUGCCCCUCCGCCCUACAGCAGCAUUUCUGCGGAGAGCACAGCUUAUUUUGACUACAAGGAUGAGUCAGGAUUCCCGAAGCCGCCAUCAUACAACGUGGCCACCACCCUGCCCAGUUACGACGAGGCAGAGAGAACCAAGGCUGAGGCCACCAUUCCCUUGGUUCCUGGGAGGGAUGAUGACUUUGUGACACGGGAUGACUUUGAUGACACUGACCAGCUGAGGAUAGGAAAUGAUGGCAUUUUCAUGCUCACCUUCUUCAUGGCAUUCCUCUUCAACUGGAUUGGAUUUUUCUUGUCUUUCUGUCUGACUACUUCAGCUGCAGGACGAUAUGGGGCCAUUUCUGGGUUUGGUCUGUCUCUUAUUAAGUGGAUCCUUAUUGUCAGGUUCUCCACCUAUUUUCCUGGUUACUUUGAUGGUCAGUAUUGGCUUUGGUGGGUCUUCCUUGUACUAGGUUUUCUGCUGUUUCUCAGAGGAUUUAUUAAUUAUGCAAAGGUUAGGAAGAUGCCAGACACUUUUUCCACUCUCCCCAGAACCAGAGUUCUCUUUAUUUACUAAAGAUGUUUUCUGGCAAAUGUCUUCCUGCAUUAGUGAAUUCCCCCCCAAGAAGCAGCAGGACACCUGCAGGAAGUGAAUCAAGGCUCUGGAGCAGAAGAAAAAAUAAUCACCUGCUUUAAAAUAAAUAAAUAAAAGUACUGUUGGAAAAAGAAAAAAAGGAGAAGCAUUUCUUUCUAUUUGUUUUUAGGUGUACAAUUUUAAUAAUUAAUGCAGAAUUCUGUAAUUGUUGAAUCAUUAGUGGCUAAUGUUUGAAACAGCUAUUGCAGUCGAGUCUGUGACGUGCUAAUAAAGCCUUACAGCGAUAGUUUGUUGUGAUUUGGUAGCAUGAGCCGUCCCUGGGGCCAGCAGGGGCCAGGCUUGCUUUAUUUCCUCCUCCAGCCUGGGAGCUGCUUGGGCUCUGUGUGUGCUGUACAGCCCGUGUACAGCGUGUCCUGUACAGGCUGUGUGACACCGUGUCCUGUACAGCCUCUCUGCCCCUGUGUCCUGUACAGCCUGUGUGCACUGCAUUUGGUACAGCCUGUGUAACAUCACGUCCUGUACAGCCCAUGCACACCGUGCCCUGUACAUCCUCUGUCUGCAGUGUCCUGUACAGCCCGUGGAACAUCACAUCCUGUACAGCUGCGUACGCAGUGUCCUGUCCUGUACAGUCCAUGUACCCUGCGUAAACCUGUCCUGUCCAGCCCACGUACACCCUGUCCUGUCCAGCUCACCUACACCCUGUCCUGUACAGCCCCCACACCCCAGGUCCUGUCCAGCCCACACCCACCGUGUCCUGUCCUGUCCUGUCCCGUCCAGCCGCGCGCGCCGGCGGCGAAGGGAUGAUCUCAAAAGCUGAAGCGACAGCCCCACGGUGGCUGCACACCUGCCAUCCAGCAGCACCUGUGCUGCCUGUGGAGGAAAAGGGGUCCAGGUCCCGAGGUGUCAGAGGAGGGAGGAUUACUUAGAGGUGGCACAAGUAUUAAUUUUUAACAGUCUGUAUUCUCAGUGUUGUAGUAAACUUUCCUUUCGCACUACCUACUUUUUCUGGGCUAUCCGGGGGUUUUCACGGAGCAAAACUGAAAGAUCACGUUGCGACUUUGUAUAAAAAAUUACCUUGCAAAACAAAGGCCUUUUUUUUUUCUUUUCCCUUUGGCUCGGGACUUUUGAGACAACUCCUAACAUACCUGUAAUUCCUGCUUUUAUAAUUUGUGUUAGCAGAGACUCUAAUGCGUUCGAAAUGUAGAUUUAAUGUGCACUCCUGUGCUUUCUGCCAAGUGGUAAUUCACUUUGGAAUUUUACUAUGUUCAACCUGUAAAUACAGCAGAACAUUAAUAAAUGUCACUUCUUCUGUAGCAA